UUAAAAUUUUUUUCUGAUUUAAUUAAUUUUAUUGUACAGUAUAUUUUAUUGUACAUACAGUAUUUCAUCAUACGCGUUUCAUUAAUUUCAAAGGCAAGUGAAAAAUUAUUUAUUUAUGAAUUCGCUUUUAUUGAAUUUGUUUCCUAAUUUUUUUUGCAACACGAAAACCAUCCCGUGAUUUUGUAAAGGGGCUUAUCCACGGUCAAGCAUGCUCGUCAUGUAUGCUGUUCAGUCUUUGAUGUAAGAAACGGCAUUUCUUAUAUCAAAGAAACCGUCUCAUGCAGCCCCAUUCACGGUCAAUCUUGCAUGAUAGCUUGCGAUGGUCGUCAUGCAUACAUGACCCUGGAUAGGCUGGUAUAAUUGGCAUUACAAAACAAAACUAACCUUACUGUCAUAAAUAAAUUUCAUAGUAACAAUGUCAAAUAAAUCAAAUAAAAAUUUCGUUAAAAAAAUAUUGACAUUUAAUAAAAGAUUUUUAGAAAAGUUUAACUAAAAAAAUGGGAAAUAGAAUUAGUCGAAUUUUAAAAAGAUUAUUUGAUUACCCCAUCAAAAGAAAACCGAUUUGUUUUUAUCGCCAAGAAGAUUUUUCAUCAACCGGAGAACCUUUACCGAAAGAAGAACAAGAUACCCACGGCCCUUUAACAGAAUACGACAAACUCGUCCAAGCCUUUUAUAGCCGAUUACUAGAACAGCGAAGACAAAGUCGCGAAAAUGAAGAGAAAAAUCGCCAAUACAAUUUACAAAAAGUGAUGCAAAGAUUUCCGGGUUGGAACGAAUUGACAAUCUCAAAUUUGCACAGUUUGUUCUUAUUGUUCGACCAAAAUUUGAAUGGGAUGUUAAAUUUCGACGAUUUUUCUGCCGUUCUUGAAAGUUUAGGCGACGAAAGUUCUUGCGAAUAUAGAAAACAGAAAUUUGACGAGACCGAUAUCGAUAUGGACGGAUGGGUUAGUUACGAUGAAUAUUUAGAGAUGGUUUAUAAAUUCAACAAACAAGAAGGGAACGAAUUAGUCGGACUCGCAAAGCUUUGUUACGAAAUAGCUGAAAAUAUAAAAUUCGUUAGCAGCCUUUCAGUCGGGGAACAACUUGAAUACGGAUUAUUUUAAUUUUAAUUCAUUAAAAUGUUUUAACAAAGUUUAA